AUGGACGCCGCCGCCUGGACGCCCAACUCACAGUCGCAGCGCCGCAAGAGGCCCGCCAAGCCUGCCAGCGACAGUGGCAGCAAAGGUGACACGGGCAAGCGUGUCCUCAUGGCCUGCCUGUGCUGCCGCAGGAGGAAGAUCAGGGUUCGUCAGUACGCAACCUGUUUCCGUCAAUCAGAGCGCUGA